AUGUCGAAUAAAGCAGCUCGGAGCCACACCCAUACAUCAAAUCGUGCAAAGGCACGGGCAACCAUAGAACGAAAAGACGUUUUUAAAAGUGUCCUUGAAAAUCCAUUCCGAAUACAAUGGUUGCCCUCAAUCCCAUCAAACACGCAAAACUUGUUCCUCGCGACACUCGUAACCACUGUGGAAAGCGCGGUGAGGAGUGGAAGUCGAAAAUCUUCCAAGGCAUACGCUAGGAAAGCUCUACCUCGAUCAGAAAUCGCAGAUUCGGUGGAGGGGACAAAUUCGAGCCCGGACUCGAUGGUAUGUUCAAAAACCUCUGCAUGUGCCGUAGAUUGCACUCCUUCGCGAUCUCCGGCCGUUAGUAAACUUGCUCCGUCGUCGGGUCACAUGACUAUCGGUAUCAAUCAAGUGAUAAGGAGACUUGAAUUGCAGUUGAAGUCUGUCCGACAUUCGGUUACACUUACUACUACGUCUCAUGCCAAUCCAAUAUUCCCCGACAUUUCUCCCAUUGCCGCCGUCUUUGUAUGCCGUGCCGAUGUCAAUCCCCCGAUCCUAUUGGAUCACAUUCCUCACCUUGUGGCAGGAUGCAACUCCACACGCCCUGGAUCUAACCCUCUAGGAGCUCAACAGCCCCUGAAAUUGAUCAUCCUACCAAAGGGCUCAGAGACCGCACUUGCGCAGGCGCUUGGUCUGAGACGAGCGGCCGUAAUAGCUGUUCAUGUAAAUGCUCCGUAUUUACCAAAUUUUCGCGAUAUGCUUCAAUCUAUACCUGUAAUCAGCGCACCUUGGCUUGUGCCUCCAGUCCAGCCCAAUUCUCCGAAAUGCUUGAUUCCCACUCAUAUCAAACAACUCCGCACCACUGCACCCAAAGACAUGAAAUCUGCGAAAGAACAAAGGGUAAAAGCAAGAGUUGCGGCUAAGAAGAAUGGUGUUAAACCCAGG